AUGGCCCCCUCCGCUACCUCGAUCGUUGAGCCCACCGCCCUCCCUCACAAGGGCGGCGUGUCCGUCGGCAACGGCAUUACCAAGCCUGCUGUGGCCCCCAAGACCAACAGCAACUGGGAUGCCUUUGCCUUCGAGCCGAUCCGCGAGUCGCAGGUCGCUCGCACCAUGGGUCGCCGCUACUUUGAGGACCUCGACACCUACGCUGAGUCUGAUGUCGUUAUUGUCGGUGCUGGCAGCUGUGGUCUCUCCGCCGCCUACUCGCUCGCCAAGCAGCGCCCCGAUCUGAAGAUUGCCAUCAUCGAGGCUGGCGUCGCUCCUGGCGGCGGUGCUUGGCUCGGCGGUCAGCUCUUCAGCGCCAUGGUCAUGCGCAAGCCCGCCGACAAGUUCCUCGCCGACCUCGGCGUCCCCUUUGAGGACGAGGGCACCCACGUCGUCGUCAAGCACGCUGCGCUCUUCACCUCGACCCUUCUGUCACGCGUUCUGUCUUUCCCUAAUGUGAAGCUGUUCAACGCUACCACCGUUGAGGAUCUCAUUACUCGCCGUGACGGAGAUGCCAUUCGUGUCGCUGGCGUCGUCACCAACUGGACCCUCGUCGCCAUGCACCACGGCGACCAGAGCUGCAUGGACCCCAACACCAUCAACGCUCCAGUCAUUCUCAGCACCACCGGCCACGACGGCCCCUUUGGUGCCUUCUGCGCUAAGCGCCUUCGGCACCCGCGAGUCGUUCCCGGCCUGAUCAUUGGCGGUAUGGAACUGAGUGAGGUUGACGGUGCCAACCGCAUGGCCCCUACGUUUGGUGCCAUGGUCAUGUCUGGUGUCAAGGCUGCCGAAGAGAUCAUUGCCGUCUACGACAUCCGCAAGAAGGAGAAUGAGAUCUAGGUGCUCUCGCACUUGGUUCGCGUGGUCCGCAUUCGCUAGUUGACACAGAACAAGAUUGGAUUAUGUCUGAUGGGCUAGCACUCACUCUUUAGCGUAACACGCAUAAUGCCGAAAUGUCACUCUUUAAAC